AUGUUCCGCGCCCGAUCGUGGCUGUUUUCACUCUGCAAAGCGUGUGAUCAAGUAUACGUAAUCUGUGGAAUUUCCUCAGUCCUUUUCUACUUAUUUCUGCAUACUAAAUCCGAUAUUCCCAUCAAAACCAAGGAGUUCCUCAGAGGCACCGAUGAUCAGACGAUGAUAUCUUCAGUCGCAGCAGUCUCACCGCCUUUGAAAUCGUACGACAGGACCCCUUCUCCGUCCAAAUUAUGGUUUAAAAUGGGCCUGUUAACUAUAUUGAAGAAGCUGAAACAAAAGGAGCGCGAGGUGCGAAUACUGAUCCUUGGCCUGGAUAAUGCUGGCAAAACUACAAUCGUGAAGAAAUUCAAUGGUGAAGAUAUUAAUAGCAUUUCACCAACCUUGGGAUUUAGUAUUCAAACUCUCGAGCACAUGGGAUAUAAGCUGAAUGUUUGGGAUGUCGGUGGUCAGAAGUCGCUCCGGUCAUACUGGCGAAAUUACUUUGAAACAACAGACGCUCUUGUUUGGGUCGUGGACAGCACUGAUCGCCUGCGGCUGAACGACUGUCGUGAGGAGCUUGGCAAAUUGCUGCAGGAAGAGCGGUUGGCUGGUGCGACCUUAUUAGUAUUUGCCAAUAAGCAGGACCUGGCAGCUUCUCUGAAGCCAGCUCAGAUUCGCGAGGCUCUCGGACUGGACAAUAUCAAAAGUCACCACUGGUGUAUUCUCGGUUGCAGUGCCGUGACCGGAGAGAACUUACUCGAAGGAAUCAACUGGCUACUAAAGGAUGUAUCCAGCCGAAUUUUCUCCGCAGAGUGAUCCGGAUGGACAGCGAAUCCUUCCGAGUGUACAGUGACCCAAUCGGACGUAAUUCUUGCACAGGACUACCGUUACGGAUAUUAUUCCGCUUUCAAUCGUUCACAUUGUUGUCUUUCAGCUUUAGCCCCUGUACGCAGUUAACUAGUACAAUAGUACAUGUUUCAUUUACCA